AUGGAGCUCUUCUGCAACUUUGGGGUCCUGCAGCUGUACGCUGUGGGCCCUGAUAGGCACACGAAGGGGAGCAGUCCCCCAGCCCAGCCCCCUCAGCCUGUCAUCCCAGCAAAGCCCCUGCAAUGUGUCCACCACGUGUCCACUCAACCCAGCUGCCCAGGGCGGGGCAAGUUGUCCAAGCUGCUGAACCCGGAAGAGAUGACCUCGAGAGAUUAUUACUUUGACUCCUACGCCCACUUUGGGAUCCACGAGGAGAUGCUGAAGGAUGAGGUGCGCACGCUCACGUACCGCAACUCCAUGUACCACAACAAGCACGUGUUCAAGGACAGGGUGGUGCUGGAUGUGGGGAGUGGCACCGGCAUCUUGUCCAUGUUUGCUGCCAAAGCCGGAGCCAAGAAGGUGUUUGGGAUCGAAUGCUCCAGUAUUUCGGACUACUCAGAGAAGAUCAUUAAGGCCAACCACUUGGACAACAUCAUCACCAUAUUUAAGGGGAAAGUGGAGGAGGUGGAGCUGCCUGUGGAGAAGGUGGAUAUCAUCAUCAGUGAGUGGAUGGGCUACUGUCUGUUCUAUGAGUCAAUGCUCAACACGGUGAUCUUCGCCAGGGACAAGUGGCUGAAACCUGGAGGGCUUAUGUUUCCAGACCGGGCAGCUUUGUACGUGGUAGCAAUCGAGGACAGACAGUACAAGGACUUCAAAAUCCACUGGUGGGAGAAUGUCUAUGGCUUUGACAUGACCUGUAUCCGGGACGUGGCCAUGAAGGAGCCUUUGGUGGAUAUUGUGGACCCAAAGCAAGUGGUGACCAAUGCCUGUUUAAUAAAGGAGGUGGACAUUUACACGGUGAAGACGGAAGAGCUGUCAUUCACUUCGGCGUUCUGCCUGCAGAUACAGCGCAAUGACUAUGUCCACGCCCUGGUGACCUAUUUCAAUAUUGAAUUUACCAAGUGCCACAAGAAAAUGGGGUUUUCCACAGCUCCUGAUGCCCCCUACACUCACUGGAAACAAACUGUCUUCUACUUGGAAGAUUACCUCACCGUUCGGAGGGGGGAAGAAAUCUACGGGACCAUAUCCAUGAAGCCAAAUGCCAAAAAUGUGCGGGACCUCGAUUUCACUGUAGAUUUGGAUUUUAAGGGACAGCUGUGCGAAACAUCUGUAUCUAAUGACUACAAAAUGCGUUAGCACACGCGGGGGAACAAAAGAGCCUCUCGCCUCGGUCUGCCGCCCUUGCACCGAGGAACACUGCAGGACUCCACACUUGAAAACUGCAGGCGUCAACUCUGCCCGGAAGACUGCUGAACUCAUCAGGGCUCCCGUGAGCCCUGCUUCCAGACGGAGAACCUCCCGGCUCCCGGGCUCUGCUCGGGGAGCCCCUCGCGAAGGCUUUCUGGGCACCAGGAAAGAGCAACCCCGAGUGCUGUGGCAGGUUCCCCCAGGACGGAAAAGUACACAUGUAGACCCAUUGUCCUCCUUAACUGUGACUCUCUGGAUCUUUCACGUGUUGCAUGCUGCAGGCAUCUAGGACAGAUUGCUUCCACUAGAACUUGGAGACGUAGUGUUGUUGAUAGCAUAAGCGAGACGAUCUGUCUGUGUGGUGGCGUGUGUGUGUGUGUGUGUGCGUGGGUGUGCGUGCCUAUGGCAUAUACAUUAGUUUAUUUGCCCACAGCAGCUGUAUAUGCAUGCAUAUACAACCCAGUGGGUAGACGUGUGUGUUCAUUCAGGGGGGUGUGCGCAUGUGCGUGUGCGUGCGUGUGUAGAAUAUAUAUUACUCUCAGAGGAGAUUCUGUUGCUUUCGAAUAGGAAUUUGUUUCAUGAUUAGUUCCUUCCCCCUCCCCACACCUUAACAGAUGUUAAGCAGGUAGGAAAUGUUCUCUGUGUUCGCUCUGGUCUCCUUUUGAUUAGACCGUGGCUCUGAACCCCGAGGUAGACCACGCACCCUGUGGGCGCUCAAUAAAUAUACAUGAGUGAAGCAA